UCCAUGUUAGCUACAGAUCUGCGCUUCAGCCGCAGGAAGUCCGAGCCCUCCCUACUCCAAGCAUCCUUCCCAACAGUCAGAAGGGGAGAAAAAAAGAAGCCAAACAGGCAAAGUUUUCCUCCGACUCGCCAAGCAGGAGUCGAUAUGGAUAAAAAAAACGAUAGAUUCCCGUGAAUGAAGCAAACAACCGGUAGUAACUUUUUUCUUCUUUUUUCUAAAAGAAUGAUAACAUAGUCUUCACUUUUCUUGGUGUCUUUGUGUGAGCGGACGCGAAAACGUUAACUGCGGAAAAGUUUGGGUCAGACUAUGGCGCGAGAGAGGAGCGAAGACACCGGGAUGGACAAAGCUUCAAAAGCCAAAAGGCAACGAAAGAAAAAACCCAAGGAGAACAAAACCAGAACAGUUCACGCAAACAUCCUUUAUGACAGAGCCAAAGGAGAGGAAAAUCCCAACAGACACUACGCUAACAACAAAAUUAAGACCACAAAGUACACCGUGCUGUCAUUCCUGCCCAAGAAUCUUUUCGAGCAGUUUCACCGCUUUGCUAAUGUCUACUUCGUUUUUAUCGCUUUGCUUAAUUUCGUCCCGGUUGUUAACGCCUUUCAGCCUGAGCUGGCUCUGGCUCCGGUGGUUUUCAUCCUGUCUGUCACAGCCAUUAAGGAUUUAUGGGAGGACUACAGGAGGCACCGCUCGGAUAAAGAAAUCAAUCACAUGGACUGUCUGGUCUACAGCAGAGAGGAAAAACGCUACGUGGAGAGGUACUGGAAAGAAGUGCGUGUCGGGGACUUCGUCAAGCUGCGAUGUAACGAGAUUCUCCCUGCUGACGUCCUGCUGCUGAGCUCCAGCGACCCCGAUCGCCUGUGCCACAUCGAGACCGCCACGCUGGACGGAGAGACCAACCUGAAGCAGAGGCAGGUCAUCCGCAGCUUUUUCGAUCUGGACUGUGACUUCGACCCAUUAAAGUACAGCAGCAUAAUUGAAUGUGAAAAGCCCAACAAUGACCUGAACAGAUUUCGAGGCUACAUAAUCCACCGGAGUGGCAGAAGAGACGCACUUUACAAGGAAAACCUCCUCUUGAGAGGCUGCACCGUCCGCAACACGGAGGAAGCUGUGGGAAUAGUCAUUUAUGCUGGUCAUGAGACCAAAGCCAUGCUGAACAACAACGGCCCGCGAUACAAGCGCAGCAAGCUGGAGAGGCAGAUGAAUGUGGACGUGUUCUGGUGUGUCAUCAUCCUGCUGGUGAUGUGCCUGUUUGCUGCUGUUG